UGCAUGCCUCAGCUAUAUCUAUAAAUACCUAAGCACAUAAGCUCUUCCUCUCAUGCCAGUCUUUUGAAGGACAAGAAGCAUACAUUAAAGCUUUUGCUAAUUGCACCAUUUCAACACUAAGUUGUUCUCUCACCUCCCAAAAUGUCUCAACAAAUUUCCAUGGCUACUGCUCAAACCCAAAAUCAAGAUGCUAAGGUACAUCGUCGCUUAGCAAAUUUUCGUCCAAGCUUAUGGGGAGACCAUUUCCUCUCUUAUUCUAAUAAAUCCGAGGAAACUAUUGAUGACUUGGAGAAAGUCCAAGGGUUGAAGGAAGAAGUGCAAAGGAUGUUGAUGGCUCCCAUCGAUAAUCUUCUAGAAAAGUUGGAGUUGAUUGAUGCAAUCCAACGCUUAGGAGUGUCGUACCAUUUUGAAGGUGAGAUUGAUGAAGUAUUACAACAAAUUCACAAGUAUCAUUAUACGUGUGAUGUCCAAGAAAGUGAUGAUGCUCUUUACACCGUUGCACUUCAUUUUCGAUUACUUAGACAACAAGGUUAUAACAUUCUAAGUGUAGAUAUCUUCAACAAAUUCAAAGACAAUAUGGGAAACUUCAAGGAAUCACUUACUAACGAUGUGAAUGGAAUGUUAAGCUUUUAUGAAGCUACACAUAUGAGGGUGCAUGGAGAAGAUAUACUUGAUGAAGCACUUAAGUUUACUACCACUCACCUUGAAUCAAUGGCGAUUAAUUUCAGCCCUCCUCUUGCCACACAAGUAAGCCAUGCUUUAAAUCGACCUAUUCGAAAGUGCUUGCCAAGGGUAGAGGCCAGGAGAUACUUUUCUAUCUACCAAGAAAAUGCUUCACCUAAUGAAGUUCUACUAAACUUUGCAAAAUUGGAUUUUAACAUGUUGCAAAAACAACACCAAAAGGAACUUAGCCAUAUCUCAAGGUGGUGGAAAGGUAUAGAUGUUGCAACAAACCUAUCUUUUGCACGAGAUAGGAUGGUGGAGUUAUACUUCUGGGCUUUGGGAGUAUACUUUGAACCCCAAUACUCUCUUGAUAGGAAGAUGCUAACCAAAAUAAUGUGCAUGAUAUCAACCAUAGAUGACAUAUAUGAUGCAUAUGGCACACAUAAAGAACUCGAGCUCUUCACAGACGCAAUUAAAAGGUGGGAUAUAAGUUGCAUAGACCAACUCCCAAAAUACAUGAAGUUGUGUUAUAAAGUACUCUUGGAUGUUUUUGAAGAAAUUGAAGAAGAGAUGUGCAAGGAUGGAAGAUUAUCUACUGUGUUUAUGAAAAAACUUGUUCAAGCCUACUUUGAAGAAGUCGUAUGGUUGAAAGAAAAAUAUAUUCCCACAGUGGAGGAAUAUAUGAGUAAUGCACUAAUAUCUUGUGGUUACCUCACGCUUAGCACCAUAUCUUUUAUUGUCAUGGGAGAUAUCGCGACCAAGGAAGCAUUAGAAUGGGUCAUCAAGGAGCCAAAGAUUGUUAGAGCAGCAUCAAUCAUAUGCAGGCUAAUGGAUGAUGUUGUUUCCAAUGAGUAUUUUUACUUCAACAGUGUAUAUGAGAGACUAGUUCAGUACUACAAGGAAUUAGAUCCACAUCUACAGAUUUAUGACAUGUUUGAGCAAGAGAGAGGGCACGUUGUCUUGGGCAUCGAGGGUUACAUGAAGCAAUAUGGUGUCUCAAAGCAAGGGGCACAUGACGAAUUUCGAAAGCAAAUCAUGAAUGCAUGGAAGGAUAAAAACAAAGAGUGUAACACCCCAUAA